AUAGAUUCACUAUUGAAUUAGUUCAUCACUUCUCAAGUCUUAUUGAUCAUGGCUUACUCUUCUUCAUCUUCUUCUUGGCCAUUCUUUUUCUUUCUUCUAGUAUCAUCGCUGUGCAUGUUUGGCAUGAACAUUAGUACAACAACUGCUCAGUUAUCUCCAAGUUUCUAUUCGAGCAGUUGCCCUAAUGUUCUCUUUACCAUCCAAAAUGCAGUACUGACUGCAAUUUCAAAUGAACCCAGAAUGGGAGCUUCUUUAUUGCGUCUACAUUUUCAUGACUGUUACGUUAAUGGCUGUGAUGCAUCUAUUCUAUUGGAUGACACAUCGAGUUUCACAGGAGAAAAGACAGCAUUUCCGAAUGCAAAUUCAGUGAGCGGGUAUGAUAUUAUUGACACCAUAAAAGCUCAAGUGGAGGCACUCUGCCCUAAAAUUGUUUCUUGUGCUGACAUCCUUGCUGUUGCAGCUCGUGAUUCUGUUGCCGCUUUGGGUGGGCGUCCAUGGAUUGUACAAUUAGGAAGAAGAGAUGCCAAGACUGCGAGUAAGAAUGAUGCAAAUACCAACCUACCUCCUGCUACUCUUAGUCUCAGCGGUUUGAUUACUUCCUUCUCCAACAAAGGUUUUACUACCAAAGAAAUGGUUAUUCUCUCUGCUAAUCAAAUAGUAAGAGAAGGUGAAAUUGGAGAUCAGUUUGACGGGAACUCUAUCUGCAACAAUUUGCGGACGACAACUAACCAGAUAAUUGUGGAAGGCAAAGAUCUUCCAAAGAAUAAACAUGGCCUCCAUUUUCUUCACGGCUGA